AUGAACGGAACCACGCUCAGCUCGGCAAUUUACUAUCCGAACUCACCGCUUUCGCUAUGGGUUCCGCAUCAAAAUCGUGAUAUAUUCGGGUCAGAGCGACAUGAAGCACAAUGCAGUUGCGUGAGCGCCUGCGUUCGAAGCGGUGCGGUGGAGAAAGCGGUUGGAAUCGAGGUUGGACAAUGGCGAACAGCAGAGAUGGGUGGCGGGCAGGCGAUAUUCUAUAGCUGGAAUGGUUAUCGCGGCCCAGGCACGGUCUGCCAGGCAUCUCACACCUUCGAUAGGACUAAUCAAUCAUCGAGUGCCUGGCAACAGUAUCAUACUAAAAUGCGUGGUGAAACAUUCUACUGUAUCGACGAGUACUGUACCAGCAUGGAUCUGGUAACCGUUAAAGAUGACUGUCAAUCGGAAACAGCUUUGUCGCAACCAACUACAGAAGAUUACGAAGAGAUUCGCGAGCUCCGUUCAUCAAAACUUGAUGGAAAGGACCUACCUCAGGAGCUGUGCAUGUAUAAAAGACCUAUUCAUUCAUCCGAAAUCAAUGGCUGCGUCAUAGUGGAUACGUGUGCCGUUGUGGGAGAUCCAGAACUUAUCGAAACCAGUGCUACAAAUAAAAUUUUUGUUAUGGUUCCUUUCCCCGUGUUAAAAGAACUGGAUAAACUGCACAAACACAGUAGGAGUCCUGGUCUAAGGAAGAGAGCUCAGUUUGCAAUGCAAUGCUUGAGGAAGUGGGUUUCGAAUCCAUACGUUUUUAUGGAGUCUUCAUCUGAGUCACAAGAGAAAGUCAGUGGUUUUGUGGCUGCACCCAAUGAUAACGACGAUCUUAUUUUGAAGUGCGCGUAUCGUAUCCAAACGGGACUGCCGGAAACUUGCCCUCUGGUGAACCGAAUUUAUUUUGUCACCAAUGACUCCAAUCUUUCCUUGAAAGCGACCGCUCACGGUGUCUUAAACUUCACAACCCAAGACUACUUCACUUCACUCCGGAGGUUAGGGCUCCUCCGUACAACCUGUGCUGAAGAAGAGCCAAUGGAGGUUGAUCCGAUACCCCAAUCGGUAUCGUCUAAACACCUUAAUGUUAAAUCAAGUGGCAAAAGCGAUACCAAGAGGAACCAACUUUAUUCCGAAGAUCUAAUGAGCAGACCGAUAAACCUCCAAAUCCAUAAGCGAAGUAGUCGUAAGAAACGAAAGCCGAAGAAACAUGACGAUUAUCUUCAGAGCCGUGGAGUAGAAAAGAAAACUCGCUGUGAACCAUCAUAUGCCAAAAAUCACGAUGCUACUGCUGGUUCAACGAAUGAGGGUGGUGAAAUUCGUGGUAAUUAUGUGGCUGAAUCUGUCUCCAAUAUCACAGAAAGGAAAGAUAGUAGGAGAACUUAUCGCGAUUCUUCUUAUCUCAGUGUGCAAUCUGGCUUCCAUCGACCGACAGCACCGCAACGACGUUACUCUACCGAAAGGUCCUUGAGUACUACACCGCGCUGUUUUAAGAGUUUGUCGGAACCUGUUGCAAACACGCAACAAUUCCGUACCGAAAGAUUCCACAUGGAUCGAGAAAUUCCACGAUCUAAGUAUCAAGAUGGACAGUGUCGAGGAUAUCCGAAGCGAUACGAACAUUAUGAAAGUAGGAGCAUUCGUACGCCUACCGAGAGGAUGGGAAGGUUGUCCAUCGUGAACCAGCCAUACCAAGGUGUUGCAGUUGUGAGAGCCCAGAACUCACGCAAACAGACUAGCGCUGCUCGAGACGUUUCGAACUCAUUUAUUUCAACUCCUGAGUAUGUACUAAAGAAAUUUUUGAGCAUCUGGAAUGGGCUAACUGAGAAAUUUGUUGACAAGAUUGAACGAGGUCUUUCCUCGGAGAAGGUUCGAGCAGAUAUCAGAGGUUUGUGGAAGUGUGCGGCUAGGUUAUGCGAAAAAACGGACCUGGACAGCUUCAAAGAACUCGUCGAGCUGUCAACAUCUCUGUAUUACUUCAUAACGUCUGAUCCAGCUUAUCAAGAUUUGAAGUUUGCGCCGCCAGCUUUGUCAAGUGGUCUUCAGAUGAUGAUGAACAAAAGCUCAGCCGCAGCUGUUGAACUUGUAGAGUCGAUUACACGCUUUUUAAAUGAUCCGCGAGUGUUAGUUUGA